AUGACCACAGCCACCACUCUAGGGGAUGCCGUCUUCUCACUGAACAUGACCAGAGGAGAAGACUUCCUGUAUAAGAGUAAGGUGGACUUUGGGGGGAAGGUUGCCAAGGCCAGCUUCAGGGUCAACUUCCUGGUCCCUCUGCUUGCCAUCCUUGUGAGAAUGAGAACUAGGCGGGAGCUGGAGCCCAAGAGUCCGAAGCCACCUGUGCCUCCUCCCCUGGACCCAAACAGCAAUGGCAGCCAGCAGCCUGCUACAGUGACCUUCAACCCUGCAGACAUCCAAGUGGAGACACGGUGACCCUGUCCCAGCACCAUCCCUUCCUCUGCAAAGAGCUUUGAUGACCCAGAAGCCCACUCUUCUGGCAGCUUCACUGAGUUCUUUCUGGUUGGGUAAACUGAGAGGCACCUUUCAUACAGCCCCCUGCAGCUUGAAGCCAUCCUUAACUGUGUUCUGCCUGGCCACCCCAGCUGUGUCCAUAAUCCUGCUGCCACUAUACCAAAGAGCUAAGGACAAUCUUUUGUCACCUGAUGAGAAGAACCAUGCUGGGGAUACUGGUGUGAGUCUGGUUCUUGCCCCACAAAUGCUACAGCUAGACAGACAGACAGACAGACAGACAGACAGACAGACAGACAGACAGACAG